GUAUCUGCGCAUUCGACCACGUCUCGUGUCUCGAAUCCAAGUGCUCGAAAGUGAGCGUCUCCGUUGAUUCUCUCGUCGCCACGUAUUCGUCACGAUGAACGCAUGGAUGCAGUAUUUCAAAUCUAUCCCGACGCAUAUGGAUUACGAUGGUCAAGCUAGAGCGGAGAAACUAUCUCGAGUCAUAAUAACGUUAUUCGGAGUGGUUGGCUUAAUUUGGGGAUAUGCCAUUCAGCAAUUCUCACAGACAAUUUAUAUUUUGGGUGCUGGAUUCGUUAUGGCUGCAUUGAUUACUGUACCUCCGUGGCCUAUGUACCGCCGCAAACCAUUGGAUUGGCAAAAACCACAAUCUGAAGUUAUCACAAAGCUUAAGAAAAAGAAAUAAUUGCUAAGCAUAUUUAUAAUAUCUUAAAUCAGAAUUUUUAAUGUAAUAUUUUGUUCAUCGAUACGAAUUUGAUUGUUGAGGGUGCAAAUGUGUGCAUACCAUUGAGCAUUUAUUUUCAUGCAAUUAUGAUAUGAAAAUUCCUAAUGUAUGAAUACAUAUUGGAAUAAGUAUGAAUGCAUUUCAGAUUUCUUUCUUUUUUGUAAGAUACACUCGUGUUAACUAUAUUUUUUUUGGCUGUAAAAAUAUGAAUGAAUCAUAAAAUCAUAUUGCAUUUACAUGCAAAAAAUGUAUUUAUAAACUUAGAUAAUAAUUCUAUAAAUAAAGAUAAAUCAGAGAACUUUAAAGUGUAGUUGAUAAGAUUUUUUAUAUUAAUUCGAUUGUUAAGGAAAUAAACUGUAAAUCUGUUACUUAUAAAUUAUAUAUGAUAAAAAUAA